AUGGGAAUCUUCGACACUGCUGAAUUCCAAAAGACUUGCAAGGAUUUGGCCACAUUCUCUGAUUCAUUGAAUAUUGCAGUCAAUUCGGUGAGAAUUUAUACAUUUGUUGUUGAAAAAAAGGGGAUUCUGAAAAAAUUUUUAAAGUAGUGAACAAAAACUGGGCAUUUUCAUUUUCACAAUUUUGAUAAAAUCCAUGAGAAAUAAUGUUUUUUCUAUGAAAAAAAGUCAUUUUAUAAAAAAAAAACAAAAAGAAAACAACGAGACUCCGCGUUGACGCACAUGCGCGGCAAAGCUAUUUUUCAAAUAGGAGUUAAAAUUUUAAUUAUGAAACACAAUUCAUCUUUGGUUGAACACAUUAAAAAACACCAAUUUUUCACACAUUUUACUAAUCAAACUCAAUUCGGUGAGAAUCUAUACAUUUUUGUUGAAAAAAAGGGGAUUCUUGAAAUUUUUCAAAAUUAAUGAAUAAAAACUGAAGAUUUCAACAGUUUUCACUAGAAAAACAUGAGAAAAAAUGUUGUUUCUAUUAAAAAAGUCAUUUUUUAAAAGUCAUUUUGCAAAAAAAAACAAAAAGAAAACAACUAGACUCCGCGUUGACGCACAUGCGCGACAGAGCAAAUUUUCAAAUGAGAGCACAAAUUUUUAUUCGAAAACGCAAUUCAACUUCGAUUAAACACAUAGAAACAACAAUUUUUCAUAUUUUCCAUUGAACCUUUCUCCUUUCAGAAUUCGAUCGUGUUCACUUGCAAAGGUGAUAUUGGUUCAUCGGUUGUCACAUAUUCUGCAUCUUCUUCAACAGAUGAUGAAAAAGAAGCUGUCUCAUUGGAAGUAAAAGAACCAGUAAAUGUCAACUUUUCGAUCAAAUAUAUGAAUCAAUUCACAAAAGCCACAAGUUUGGGUGAUCGAGUUCGACUUUCGCUUCGAAAUGAUGUUCCAGUUGUUGUCGAAUAUCCAAUUGAAGAUAACGGAUUCUUGAAAUUCUAUUUGGCACCAAAAAUUGAUGACGAUGAUUUUAUGGAUUGA